AUGACAGAUGAAAAGAAGAAAGCCUCUGAAACAAAGGCUGGAUUUGUUGGUGAUAAUCCCUCUUUACAAAUUAGUCCUGUAAAGUUGGAUGGAACUAAUUAUUUGGCAUGGUCUAGAUCUUGUCUACUGUUCAUUCAAGCUAGAGGACUGCAGGGGUAUAUCACUAAAGAUAGAAAAAAGCCAGAAAGUACUAGUUCUACUUACAGCCAGUGGGAGUCGGAGAACUCUCUUGUUAUGUCAUGGUUUAUCAAUUCUAUGCAACCUCAUAUAGCUCAUGGGUAUUUACUGUUAGACAGUGUCGCUACCAUUUGGAGUGCUGUUUCUCAGACUUAUUCUCAAGUUAGGAAUGAUGCACAAAUUUAUGAGCUUAGGAACAAGGUUCAUGGAAUGAAACAAGGGCAUGGAGAAAAAAGGAUGUGCUCUGCUAGAUCACAAGCAAAUGUAUAUGAGGCUGUGAGUGUUUCUGAAGAUACUGCUAUCACUGGGAUGUUUUCCAAUGAAGAGGAGUUGAUAACAGGGAGAAUGAUUGGCAGUGGUAGACUGCAAGAUGGGUUAUAUCUGUUGAAUGAUUGUGUUAAUCAGGCCAUGUUGGGACAGUCUAUGGGUGCUAAGAAAGAAAUUAUUUAG